ACUAGCGUCGCUGUGAGCCACGCUCUGCCGAAGAUGCCGUCAUCCCUCUGAGGCUGUCCUGCCCUGUGAAGACCCCGUCCGCCGGUCCAGAACGUUCCUGCAAGGUCCCAAUGGUGGCACGGAUACGCCGCUCCCAUCCCAUCCAGAACCAGGUCUGCUAGAUUCUGUGACAGCGCCGAAGCCCUGGUACUGCCCAACUGGGUUUUCCCGAGGCCAAGAAUGAAGCUGCUCCUCUGUUGACUGGACCUCCGCUGGAGAGGAAAGUGGCUGAACGCCAAAGAUGUUGCAGCUGGUCCCCUGCUGUAGGAAUACAUAAUAUAAAGCUCUGGAAUGUGAUUAUUUACAUUGAAAGACAGAAAGAGUCCAGCAUGCUACCACUGGAGAGUUCCCUGUGAGCAAUGGGUGGGUCAGGUCCCAUGUUGAACCUUGUGAGCAACCGUACUUUGCACAACAUCACAUCUGGCCUGCUGGGGCCCAAACCCACGACUCCUACCCUGCCGCUGGGGGUUUUCACAGCCUCCCAGCUCAAGGACCUGGUGGGGAUGUUCUUCAUGGUGGGCCUGAAUGCGGUGGCCCUCCUGGCCAACACGGCAGUGAUGGUGGCCAUCGUAAAGGCCCCGCACUUGAGGAAGUUUGCGUUUGUGUGCCACCUGUGUGUGGUGGACCUGCUCUGUGCCGUGCUCCUGAUGCCCCUGGCCAUCGUAACGGGCUCUCCCUUCUUCAGCGCCGUGGUCUUCACAGUGCUGGAGUGCCAGGUCUACAUCUUCCUCACAGUCUUCCUCAUCUGCGCCUCCAUCUUCACCAUCAUCGCCAUCAGCGUGGAGAGGUACUACUACAUCGUGCACCCCAUGAGGUACGAGGUGAAGAUGACGCUCAACCUGGCCAUCGCUGUGAUGAUCUUCAUAUGGGUCAAGUCCAUCCUGCUGGCGCUGGUCACCCUGUUCGGCUGGCCCCCGUACGGGAACCAGAGCUCCAUCAGCGCCGCCCACUGCUCCCUGCACUGGAGCCACAGCAGCCUGCGGAAGGUCUUUGCCGUCCUCUUCAGUGUGGUGUGCUUUCUGGUUCCCUCCAUCGUGAUAUUCGUGGUUUACUGCAAUGUCUACAAGGUGGCCCGGAUGGCGGCCAGACAGCACGUCCCUGUGCCUACCUGGGCCUCGAGUCCCAAGCACCGCUCCGACUCCAUCAACAGCCAGACCACCAUCAUCACCACCCGGACGCUGCCGCAGAGGCUGUCCCCAGAGAGGAUCUUUGGAGGAGGCAAAGCGGCCCUCACCCUCGUCCUCAUCGUAGGCCAGUUCCUGUUGUGCUGGCUGCCGUACUUUACCUUCCACCUGCACCUUUCACUUGGGGAUUCGCCCCAGAGCCCAGGAGAUGUGGAGGAGGUGGUCACCUGGCUGGCCUACUCCUCUUUCGCCGUCAACCCCUUCUUCUACGGGCUCCUAAACCGACAAAUCCGUGAGGAGCUGUGCAAGCUGAGGAGGUGCUACUCCACGCGGCCCCUGGAGCUGGGGAACUCCAGCCACGAGGGCUCCAUCCAGGAGAACUUCCUCCAGUUCCUGCAGCGGACCAGCUGCACAGCAGAGACACGCUCCAGCUGCGUCCAGUCCAGCCCCAGAAACACUCUGGACCAGGGUGUCCGCAUUCCCGGGCAGAUCCCAGAGGAGUUCAGUUAGCCUUCCUCAAGCAUCACUAUCAAUAGAAUGCCUCAUGGCUUCAAGGUGCCAGUCAAGUCUUAUUCUGCUUGCAACAUUAUUCUUCUAUACAGGGUGCAAGUUGCAACAGAUUGCCAUACAGUGUUACUAGAGGCGAGUUCUUCUCACUGAAGCAGCAAUGGUAACAUUCCACCAGAAGGGUACUAUGAGGUUUACAUGCAAAAAUUACAUCUGUUAUUUUUCUAUUGCCUCUGCCAUUAUACACCAUCUGCUCUUAGAAAAGACAUAUGGGCAAGAGAAUAUUUGAUGGAAACAAUAUGGAUCUCUCGUUAUUUGUUGAUGUAAUCAAGCAGUUAUUAAAAUGUAACAUAUAUUACUUGUAGGACAUUUUUCAUGUUUUUUAUUCAUUAUUAUACUGGUAAUAACUAUAACAAAAAUAUUCAUUAUUAUUAUUAUUAUUCUUAUUAUUAUUCUUAUUAUUAUUAUUAUUAUUAUUAUUAUUAUUAUUUUGAAGUUCAAAUUCUCAUCAUUCAAAAAAUAAGGAGGUGUCUGUAAUUUUAUUUUAUUGAUACAAACUAUCAUACUAAAACUGGAACAUGUAUUAUAACAUGUAAUUACAUAUCAAAUCCAUUGACAGCAAUAUUUUAAGAUGAACAUUCUUUUGAAGAGCAUUAAUAUGAACUGGCAGAACUAUGUAUUUUCUCAUUUUGUGGGUGUUUUUGCUACUGUUUGCUACCAUUUGUCAUGAAAAGUUAUUUGUUAUUAAACUAUAAACAGUGCAAGGAAAUAAAUACUGAAUUUGACACUAGAAGAGAGGUUUGCACUUCUAAAAAUAUGUUUCUGAUGUUUGCACUUAUUUGUUUAAAUGUAUACAACUCUGGAACGUACAGUAUGAAAUUUUUCAUUGUUUGUAAAUGUUUUAUUUCACUGUAUUUUUAACGAUGCUAAAUGAUUGAACAAGUGUUGCAGAUAGUGCAUGUCUAUCCAGCAUAGUGCUGGCUUGUACAUUUUGUUUUCCAAUAAAGAAAUGCAAAUGACUUUCAAAACAGA